GCUCAGGGGUGUGGUUGGGUAUAAACUGCGUUCACUCAUCCGCAUGCCCCUCGACCUCACUCCCUCCAUCCCUACAUUUCUCCUCCUCUCUUCUUAUUCCUGGUCCUCCUGGUCUCUGCUCUUCCACAAGCUGCCCGGCGGGGACGUCAGACGGAAGCCAUGCUAACUAUACUGGUGCUCACAGCUGCGGUGCUGCUCGGUGCAGCACCUCAGUCAGAGGCUAUAGUGGUAUACACAGGCUGGGAGAGGCAUGCUCUCGUGGGCUCGGAUGUCCGGCUGUCCUGCUCUUUCUUCUCCUGGCGAUGGACUUCUGAAGAUGUCACCUUCUCCUGGAGCUACAGACCAGAUGGGGCCAAAGACAGCAUCUCAAUUUUCCAUUACACGGGUGGAGUUCCCUACGUGGAUAAUAAGGGGCCAUUCCGGGACCGCCUGGAGUUUGUGGGGAAUCCUGCUCGCCGUGAUGGAUCUAUCCUGAUCCGGAAUCUCGACUUUAGUGACAACGGAACCUUCACCUGUGAUGCCAAGAACCCUCCUGACAUAGUGGGCCGUCCCUCCAGUGUACGACUUCUGGUAUUCGAGAAAAUUCCAAUCCAGGCCGGAGUGAUAACAGGAGCGAUCAUCGGGGUGGUUUUGGGUUUACUGAUUCUGGUGGUGGCUAUUUACUAUCUGAUGCGUUUCCUGGUGGCCAGACGCGUCUUCGACCUGAGUGUGAGCAAACAUGGCAAGAAAGGCAAAGGAAAAGAAGCACAGCAAAGACAGGCUUCUGUUCUGGUGGAACCGGCCAAGCAGAAGGCGGCAGCAUCCGAGAAGAAGAAGCAGGAGUCUCGCAGGGAAAAGAAAUAGGGGUCAGGGAGCAGAGAGCUAGAGCUGCAGGGCAAGGGGGCCAAGCACCUGCCCGCAGCCCAGGGCAGGCAGGCCAGGGAGGACAGGGUCCUUAUGACCAUCGAGCUGGAGCUCAUGAAACAAGAGCAGACCGGAGGAGGAGAAGGAGGAGAGAAGGCCAAGACUAGGUCCGCUGCCCUUCUCUCCACCCUCUCCAACCUCGGCCACAAAAUCACUCUCCGCUGAGGAAGCGAGGGACGGAAGGAGGGUGAGGAGGGGUGGUAGAAUAGGCCUUGAAGAGGUGGAGAAGGAGAGAGGAGUGGAGUAAACCCUAAUUUGGCCUGAACAUAAUUCACACAAGUAUACAAACGUUUGAGUUAACUCUAUCACGUCAUUGCAUUCUACAAAUGUCAUAAUACAAUUCAAAAUAGAUCUCAAGCUUCAUUUUGAAGGCUACCGUGUGCAGCAUCCAAACAUUCGAUACCGUUGAUUAAUGAAGGGCCACACCACUCCUGAACGACUUCCAGCACUGCUCAAUUUCUCUGAGCUACACAGCCCUCCACUUACUUUUUGUACAACUAUGCAAAAUUAAACCUGGAAUCAGACCACAAAAAUCAAUAGCAUGUGACAUUAGCAGGCGACGUAGCUACACCUAAAAUCUUUAAGAUAAAUAGACAAAUGCUAAGGUUCUGUUUUCACCUCAGCUAAUGUCGCUAGCCUAAUCUGUUUUCACCUAGCUUGAAAAUGGUGGGUUUGUGAAGAGUUCGUUGACAAAUUCACUGUUGUUGGAAGUUGUUCCAUUAGAUCUAUACAAGCAGAGUAUGAACUGAACUGUUUAUUAGCACUUUCACUGUGAUGCAUUCUAUGCAGUAUAGUUGUACUAUCCGCUACGCAGUGCUAUGCUGCGGCGCCACGCCGCCGGUGUUCAGUGGCCUUAAGUUUUGCAGCAAGGAGUGCUCUCUGUUGACAUGUUUACUGUUAGUUCUAUUGGAAUAAUAGUAGGUUCACCAACACUGACUUAUACGCUAUCACCCUCUUUCAGUACUAAGGUUUAUAAAUGCCACCAUGACGUAAAAAUGAGCAUAGAGUUUGUACAACGGGCCACACACUUGCACUGCAUUGGCCCACAAAAAAGACAUCUAGAUAUGCAGCAGUUUGGUACUUUAAACAGUAAGGAGCCCAGUAUCACUGAUUCUAUAUUAACCACUGUAUAAACUCGUAUGUCAUCAAAAAUGGAAAAAAUCUAUCAAGACUUGAGUAAAACACAAAUACACAAACACAUAGCACGACUCAUAUUCAUGCACACACUGCAUUUGAGAAAGGCAGAAUGGUGAAGCGUAAAAUUAUUCUGCCAUUUCUCUCUCUCUCUCUCUCUCUCUUUCUCUCUCUCUCUCUCUCUCUCUCUCUCUCUGACUCAUUCAAUGGAUAAUCACUCUCUGUCUGGAUAAUCUCUAGUGCAACCCCCACAAUAUACAUCUUCAAACACUUUCACACGCACAAACACUACCACUUUCCUGUCAUAUUUCUUUUGUGCUGGUCUUUGAGGGGACUCUUUCCCCAUCUAUAGACCUCUGUCGUGUCCUUAGUCUGUAGUUAGCAUCAUGCCCAUAUAAGGAACAUCAAGUCUAAGCUGGUUUCCUCUAUGGGAAAAAUGACUGCUGCUAGCAUUUCUUGUGGUAAACAAAAAUGUUCCAAAGCUGUUUUGCCGUACGGACAUUUUUCCUUUGAAUGUCACACAGAUCCUCUGAAUAAUUAUGUCAUUAAAGCUGAAAUUUGACUGUUGCUACAUGCAAGCUAACACUGCUGUGCACUGAAUUGGCGACCUCACCAAAUUACCCACCAAAAACCAGAAAGCUUUGUCAAAUUUGUUAGUAGCUUUUUCAAAUGUUAGCAAUAGUAGCUGGUGUUGUUAUAUAACAGUGUGAUAGUAAUAAUAGACUCAUUGUUGUUAAUAGUAAUAGUGUAAUAGUAGUAAUAGACUUACUUUCAUGCGAUGUCAUUUCACUGCGCAGGAGCGAUAGCUCGCUUGAAGCGCAUACAUAGCAUUAUUUGUAGUUCAACUGCUAACUGACCUUAUAAUUCAAAGGAUCUGGCAGGAUAUUCACACAGGACAAAAUGUUUCAGGUUUGGAAUAUUUCUAUUUUUAUAUUAAAAUAUUAAAAUUUUUCCCAUAGAGGAAACCUGCUUAGGCUCAGAGUUCCUAAUAUGGGCAUGAUGCUGACCACAGAAUGACACACAACUUCAGAGGUCUCUUUAUCCUUUAUAGACUGCUCUGGACAUCCUUUAUUAAAUGUCUCUUUCUUCUUUUUCUUUCUCUCCUCCCCUCCCUCUUUCUUUGUCUUUCUCUACCUCUGUCUCCAUUUCCUUUCCUCUAAACCCUUCUAAUUUGUGCUUCACCUCUCAUAAUUGAACGACUGGUGCUAUGAUAUCACAUCCUGUUCCACUGUAGGCUGGCCCUUCAAAGUAACCCCACCCACCCUCGUCAUUUGUUAAGGGCUAAACACACAAAGAACACGCAAAAUAGAUAAACACCCUGUCUGCAGUGAAAUCCCUGCCUGUGUCCAAUCUGAGAAAAUACAUUCUUUCUUCAAAAGCUCCACGUGAUUAUGUUUGUUUUAGCCCACACCGCACUCUAGAGCUGCCUCCAUCUGCAGAACGAAUCUUAAAUCCAUGUGCACCACUAAAAAAAGACCCAUGUCUCUCUCUCGCUGUGGGGAUGAAGGUAUUUUUGGUUCAGUCAGGGUGUAACGCAGCAGACCCACAGCUG